CUUUAAGGGUCUAAAAAAACUCUUCAGUAACACGAUUGUUCGGAGAGUAGUAGAUGGCGGGAGUGAUCUCCGUGUGAUAUAACUGUGUUAGAUUAGUUUUUAAAUUUUUAGUGUAUAUUAUAGAAUAGUUAUAAAAAUGACUAGAGCUAAAAUAGAACUAGGCGAUGUGACGCCUCACAAUAUAAAACAACUAAAAAAGCUAAACACAGUUGUAUUCCCCGUGUCAUACAACGAUAAGUUCUAUAAGGAUGUAUUGGAGGCAGGUGAAUUGGCCAAGCUAGUUUACUACAAUGAUAUUGUGGUGGGCGCAGUUUGCUGUAGGAUAGACACAUCGGAGAACUCCCGGAGAUUGUACAUAAUGACGCUAGGGUGCCUGUACCCAUACAGAAGAUUGGGCAUUGGGACUCUCAUGGUGGAACAUGUGCUCAAAUAUGUUGAACAAGAGGGCAAUUUUGACAGCAUUUUCUUACAUGUCCAAGUAAACAAUGAGGGUGCAAUAGAUUUUUAUAAGAAAUUUGGCUUUGAAAUUGUGGAGACAAAAGAGCACUACUACAAGAGGAUAGAGCCGGCAGACGCACAUGUGUUACAGAAGACUAUUAGACAACCUCAGAGCGCUCCCCUGUCCAAUGGUACUGUGCCACACGCCAAGACAAACGGGCAUGACUGAGCUAGAAUGUGAAACUCGGUAUGUACAAAAAGCUCUGAAAUUUCCAUUAUAUGAUGAAAAUAGUGCUAUGACAGGCUUCUAACAGUUGAAUUAUUACUAAAUGUUGCAUAUUUAUUUGUUUCUUUAUGGUUUUGUGGCAGUUGAAAACUACAACUGUACUUUUCAGUACUGAGGGCCAUGGUAAUAUCUAUACCUGGCUAUGUUACCAAUUCUCCAUGUGAAGCUAGCAGUGUUUACUGUACUUGUUUGGUUACAAUCACGGUUGUGUCACAAUAUCUGUUCAAUAUUUGGUUUCUCUAUUUAAAAAAAAAAUAUUUUAUUGAGUUAGCAUAUAUGUAAUCAAAUUUUCUGGACAAGUAUUUUAUUCCUGUGAGAAUUAUAUAUUGCUUGGGAAUUUGAAGGUUAUAUAAUAACAUCUAAUAAUAAUUUAACUGGCAGAAGUAUUUGCUACUUGAUACAGAGCAAGAAAUCAUCAUAGAAAGAAUAACUGGUCAUAAUUGUGAAGCCAAGUGAUACAACAUUUGUAUAAAACAUAAGUCACUCACUAAGUAUACAUACAGUCAUAAAUUAAUGUUAAGCCAAAGGCCUACAAAUGUAACUUUGCCUGUGUGUGGAACCAUUAAGACAGGUGUAAAUCAUAAAA